CACCAAACCAUCAGCAGUCAGUCGAUAGUCAAUACAAUUCGUUUUACACACAAAGAAAUAUCUAUCUCAUUUCUUCCUAAUCUGUUCCUGUUGCCUUUCACACCUCACUCGUCAAUCGUGUCGUCAUGAAGGUCGUCGCUUUGAUCAGCGGAGGGAAAGACUCUUGCUUUAAUAUGAUGCACUGUGUUGCGAAUGGUCAUCAGAUCGUUGCUCUUGCGAACCUUCGUCCGCCUGCUGCGGGACCAGAUGAACUUGAUAGCUGGAUGUACCAGACCGUCGGUCACGAUGCGAUCCAUCUCUACAGUGAAUGCAUGAAUCUACCCAUGUACCGGGGCGACAUUAUCGGAUCAUCACUUCAACAGGGUCUGAACUACACCGAGACGGAAAAGGAUGAAACGGAAGAUUUAUAUAGGCUCCUGUCCGAUGUCAAGGCCCACCACCCAGACGUGCAGGCCGUCUCCGUCGGCGCCAUCCUGUCCAGCUACCAACGCAUCCGUGUUGAGCAUGUAUGCGCAAGACUCGGUCUUGUCAGUUUGGCCUACCUAUGGCAGAGGGAGCAGAAGGAGUUGCUGGCUGAGAUGGUCAACAACGACUUGACUUCAAUCUUGAUCAAGGUCGCUGCGAUAGGUCUCAAGCGUGUUCACUUAGGGAAGACGCUCGGGCAAAUGCAACCGCUACUGCUGUCACUGAAUGAGCGCUUUGACUUGCACCCUUGCGGUGAAGGCGGCGAGUACGAAACUUUUGUUCUCGACUGUCCUCUGUUCUCAAGACGUAUCGUAAUUGACGAGCAGGAGAUUGUCGAUCACUCUGCUGGCGACGUAGCAUACCUGAAGCUCAUAGCCCAUACUGAGGCUAAAGACGAUGUUUCCUCUGAGUGGCUCGAAGACUUUGCAUUGCCCGAGCUUGUCAGCGAGGAUCUGCAUCACGUACAAGAAGUCAUCGAAAAGGAAGGUGAACAAGAUCUUGAGACAUCCUUUGCUGAGUUGGCUCUGGCGUUGUCUCCUGAUGCCGAUAGUCUUCUCGGAGAAGCAUCGUCUGACGCAAAGAACCUCCUCUCCAUCUCUGGUGUGACGGCGUUCGCCAAUGAGAGUACAUCAACUUUCGCUACAGUGCAAGAUGAGAUGGAAGCAUGCAUGACCAACGUCAAGGAACACCUUUCUCAAAGCAACCUCGCCUUCCAAGACGUCACCUUCACCACAGUCAUCCUUGCCUCCAUGUCAGACUUUGCGGCAGUCAACGAACUCUACAAAAGAUCCUUCCAAUUCGCUGACCCACCAUCUCGAGUCUGCAUCGCAGCCCAUCUCCCGUCACCACAGCGCGUUCAAGUCAGUGUCGUCGCCUCAACCACCAAAGCGAACCGCAAAGGCCUCCAUGUACAGGGACAGAGUUACUGGGCACCUGCGAAUAUCGGUCCUUAUUCGCAAUGCAUUAACUCAAAUGGAAACAUCUAUGUCGCCGGCCAAAUCGGAAUGAUCCCCGCCACCCUCCAGUUCCAAGAGCCCCGCUCAGUCGGUAGGGAAGCACUCGUAAGUCUCCAGAGUCUUCUUCGUAUCUGCGAUGUCGUGGAGCUUCGGCGUCAGCAUAUCGGUAGCUGCAUUGCAUACGUUGUCAAACACGACGACGCCCCUCUUGUCAACCGAGCCUGGCAUGCGUUCUUCGAUGGACAGGGUUGGGUCCCGCCUACCCUCAUCGUCGAAGUUGAGGGUUUGCCCAAGGGGGCUUUGGUGGAGUGGCAGGUUGCUGGAUGGGAUGGGAAGGUGGAGGAGGCGAAUGUCGAUGAUGAUUCUGAUGAGGAUGAACCGGUGGAGGUCGUUCAGCACGUUACCUCGCGAAGCAGUCUUCAAGAACUCGAUGGUAUGCUGUUGUCGGUUCAGGAGAAACGAGUUGGCAAGGUUUUGCACAGUGUAGUCGCUGUUUUGCCAUCCACAGGCACAGAGGUCUCCGUUGUCGAUGCUUGCGCAGCACUUGGAAAGAGGAUCACGAUCUCCUCUUCGAGCUGCAUCGGUUGCACCGUCUUCUACAACCACGGCGGCAUGGUCGCCAAAGACGAGCAAUUGGCCCGCCGGAGCAUUACGGCUCCUUUGGAAGCGGACGACCUGCCUAUUCACUUUAUCGCGGCUUCGAGCGUAGUCGAUGGCAGGACAGGGAAGGAUACCAUCAUGGCGAUUGUAAUGCACCGAGCAGUUUAA